UCAGGGGAUAUUUAUUUCAACAGUCUUGAUUGUUGCACAUUGCAGAGUUUGUAUCUGGAGAGAGAGAGAGAGAGAGAGAGAGAGAGAGAGGAAAAAUCAAGAAACCAGAAAUGGAAAUGACUACCCAUUCUCUCUCAUAUGCCAAGACCAAUUCUUUCUCUCCUGGUUUUUUCCCAGCUAAAUCAAGCGUUGCUGCCCAGUUUUCUGUGAAUUUUCUGGGCUAUAAUUGCCUGCCCAGAAAGCUAAAAUGCAGUGGCAGACAGUUGAGGAACUUUGGUGCUAUAAGAGCUUCUGAUUCUGGAAACAGUUCUGCAGAUGGUUCUGUAAGAUGGCUUCUUGAACCCAUAGGUGAUGGUGAUACCAGACACAUAGGUUAUAAGAUUGCGAUGCCUAGCCCAUUCGAGAUAGCUUCCAACGUAGUAACUGUGGGACGCGUUCCUGAGAAAGCAGAUAUUGUGAUCUCUGUGCCUACAGUUUCUGCUUUACAUGCUCGGAUACAGAAGACAGACGAGAAUCUCCUGAUCACAGAUUUAGACAGCACAAACGGCACAUUCAUUGAUGAAAAACGGCUCCAACCGGGAGUUGUCUCCGCUGCAUCACCUGGAAAUCUCGUUACAUUUGGGGACACCAAUUUAGCGAUAUUCAGAGUCUAUAAACUUAAGCAAGAGGAGUUUGCUUAUGAGCCGGAGGAAUCUGGUGCUAUGUCGGAGGAUGUGCCAAGCGAAAACUUAGAGUCGACGAGCUGAUCAUAUGUAUUAUUCUUUCUUUUUCUCCUCUUCUCUCUUGGGAUGGCCUGACUCAGACAACGGAUGAUGAAUUUACCGUACAAUGUUUACUUUUAAGCUAUUUUUGAGCAAUGCCCUUAUGGGUUCUUUUCUAUAUGUAUCGAAUGUGAAAAUGUCAAAAUACGAGGAAGUUAUGUUGGUAGUGGAAUUCGUUGGGCUGA